CAGUCUCGUUCCCUUUAUUAUGCGCGUCUCUGUUUCUGAGCUUAACACACUACACCACACCACACCCUUCUUCUUCAACUUCAACUACAUUACAUGUUCUCUCCGGCUCUCCGAUUUUCUCUUUGAGAUCCAAAAGCCUUCCUUUUUCGCACUCUCAAUUCUCCAUUCUAAUCUCUAGAAUCCGCUUCUUCAAUUCCCAGCUUUCUCCACAACAACAAAACGAAUCUUAUUCGGCUCUCAAAUCCCACCACCAUUUCCUUCUUUUUUUUCUGUCUCUGUUUACUAUUUUUUAUUCAUUCCCUUUUGCCCCGUUAGUGAUCAUCGCCACAAGAUUAGUUUUUUCCGCUGAUUCCCAGCUUAGUUGAUUAGAAUAACUCGUUAUCCAACGUGAUCUGCAACUGGGGCAUUUACAGAUUCAUUUUGGUACUUCCGCCAAAUUGUCUCUGUUGUUCUUGUUUCCUCUUCCGAAUUCUCCGUCUCUUAUACAGUGCUCUGUAGUGUAGUUUACGUUCCUUUGUUACAAUCGCGGUUGCUAUUUUAGUCUCCAAAGUUUACUGGGUCUGUCUUCUUAUUGUUGAGCUCUAAAGUUCUUUACUUUUUUUCCCUCCUUAGUUUAUCCAUUUUUAUUUUUUGCACUUGUUUUAUUAUUGCAUUUUUUAUCACCCUCUCGCGAUCCGGGGAUUCUAUUGCCAUUUUAAAUUAACUGGAAAGUUUGGUGAUCUGAAUCGAGUUGCUGUUGAGGGGGUUGUUGGAUCAUUGACGAGUUUUAUGCUUAAAUUCCAAGAUGCCUCAUGAUCAGAGAAAAAAGUCAUCUGUAGAUAUAGACUUCUUUACAGAAUACGGUGAAGGGAGUAGAUACAAAAUAGAGGAAGUAAUAGGUAAAGGAAGCUAUGGUGUUGUUUGCUCUGCAUAUGAUACACACACCGGAGAAAAGGUUGCAAUAAAGAAAAUCAAUGACAUAUUUGAACAUGUUUCUGAUGCCACGCGCAUUCUUCGUGAGAUCAAGCUUCUUAGACUCUUACGCCAUCCUGAUAUUGUGGAGAUCAAGCAUAUUUUGUUACCUCCUUCUAGAAGGGAGUUCAAAGAUAUAUAUGUUGUUUUUGAACGUAUGGAAUCUGAUUUACAUCAGGUCAUCAAAGCAAAUGAUGAUUUGACUCCAGAGCAUUAUCAGUUUUUUCUCUAUCAGCUUCUUCGAGGCUUGAAGUAUAUACACCGAGCAAAUGUUUUUCACCGAGAUCUAAAGCCAAAAAAUAUUUUAGCAAAUGCUGACUGCAAACUGAAGAUUUGUGACUUCGGUCUUGCCAGAGUGGCUUUCAAUGAUACACCAACUGCUAUAUUUUGGACAGAUUAUGUUGCAACAAGGUGGUAUAGAGCUCCUGAAUUGUGUGGAUCCUUUUUCUCCAAGUAUACCCCAGCUAUAGACAUAUGGAGCAUUGGCUGCAUUUUUGCAGAACUUUUAACUGGAAAACCUCUUUUCCCAGGGAAGAAUGUUGUCCAUCAAUUGGACCUCAUGACUGAUUUUCUUGGAACACCGUCUCCUGAAGCCAUUGCUAGGGUACGGAAUGAGAAAGCUCGGAGAUACUUGAGUAGCAUGCGUAAGAAGAAGCCAGUUCCUUUCUCCCAAAAGUUUCCUAAUGUAGACCCCCUUGCUCUUCGUGUGUUACAAAGAAUGCUGGCAUUUGAACCUAAGGAUCGACCUACUGCUGAAGAGGCUCUAGCAGAUUCUUAUUUUAAAGGCUUGGCCAAGGUUGAGAGAGAGCCUUCUGCCCAGCCAGUUACCAAGAUAGAAUUUGAAUUCGAGAGACAUAGGAUAACAAAGGAAGACGUGCGAGAGCUUAUAUACCGAGAGAUUCUGGAGUACCAUCCGAAGAUGUUAAAAGAACAUCUAGAGGGAGCCGAGCCAACAGGAUUCAUGUAUCCAAGUGCGGUGGAUCACUUCAAGAAGCAAUUUGCAUAUCUUGAGGAGCAUUAUGGAAAAGGUGGAACUGUUACUCCACCCGAGAGGCAACAUGCAUCAUUACCCAGGUCAUGUGUGUUGUAUUCAGAUAACUCAAGACCAAAUAUGGCUGAGGUUGCAGAUGAUAUCUCCAGGUGUAGCAUCAAAGAAGUUGAGAAGCCAGCCAUGGACAGGACUGGUGGUAUCCCAAUGGCCAGGCUUCCUUUACAAGCUCCUCAAAAUAUUCAAGGUGUGAUGACUGAUCGUAGCGUUGCUGCAUGGCCCAGAAAAGGUGUAGGUUCUGUAUUGCAUUACAACAACUGUGGGGUAGCAGUUACAGCUGUUGCUGAGCAGCGGAAGAUGGGUAGAAAUCCGUCUGUUUCAGCCCAGUAUGCUGCUCCAAGCAGUUCAUAUCCAAGACGAAACCCAAGCUGUAAAAGUGAGAAGGUGGAAGAGGGGAUUGAAGGUGCUAAUGGACUUCAGACUAAGCCUCAGUACAUAGCACGAAAAGUUGUUGCUGCUGCUCAAGGGGGACCUGGUGGUAAUUGGUAUUGAUUUUGAAAAUGCUGAAUUUGUGGCCUGCAACUGCUUUGUGCCAUCAUAUCAGGUUUCUUGUCCUACACGGAACCCAGCUCAAUCAUAUGAGUUGAACAAAGAUAUGAGUGGCCAUAGCAUCGACAAUGUUGAAUGACGGGAGACUAAAAGGAUUAAAAUCUAAAGAAGUCUCUAGCUGAUGUGUUAUUAGAUUCUGCAAUUCGCUCCACCAAUUUGAAAUUUGCAAGGUUCAACAUGGUGCAAUAAUGAUUAUCUUGCUGUCUAGUUCGUUAAUAACAGAGAACAAAUGAUCUGAAAAGCAUGAAAUGAAGGCAGUGCUGCUGCUGCUACAUAUUUGUGCCGUUCUCUUGCAGAAUAUAAGUCAUUGCCUUGCCUUCAUAUUUUGGGCACCAUCCAUAACAGGAUUGACGUUUUAUAACCUACUGGCUUGUAGUCAAUCACUUCUUUUUCUGUAAUGUCUCUGAAGUUUAUUUAGAAUACAAAUUUUAUUAUGGUCAAAUAGUUAAGGAAUCAAUAAAUAGAAAGCUUUUAUUAGAAAUUAUGCUGUGAAGCAUUGAAAAUUGUGGGAGUAUAUUAAUAAUGUUUUAUAAAUGUCUUUAGGAUCCUGGAUAAGACUUACAAAUUUUUUUAGUUGCUUCCGAUUUUUACACUUGCGAAAUCUCAUGUGAACAAGCUACUGGCAAUCA